GCUCCAGAUUGGCACAGAGACGCAGCGCCACUGCCGCUGUGGAACAGACCGGGACUGUAACUUCAGCACAGAUCCUUCCAGCUCAUCGCCAGUGGAAGAGAAUUACGAUUUUUUUUGAUUUUUUGGUUCUCCUUCCCUUUUUUUUCCUCCUCCUCCUCCUCCUCUUCCUCCGCCUCCUCCUCCGGUUUCGUGUUACAAAGCCUUGGCAGUGAGUUGCGCGCAGAGCCAGUUCCUCUGUGUGUGGAAACUGAAUGACAGGAUCAUAUGGCUCCAUUUGCCUCUCAGCACAAACACUGAGAAAUCCAAAAAAAGAAAAAGAAAAAGAAACGAGGCAACACGAGGGGAGAAGUGAGACACCGCGAGACGAGCUCGCUCACGAACUGACGAGGAUGUGGAAUAAUUUCUAACUGAGACCCAAACACCGAGAAGAGCCGAGAUAACGGUCAGGAGAGGCACGAGAGGCGGAUAGUGGACCUGUCGUCAGAGAGAGAGACCGAGAGGAAAAGCGCAGGACGCGUUGGCUUCUUCUCAUUCACCAUUCACUCCGAUCACAAGGAGCCCAAUGUGACCUUCAUGUGAGUUCCGUGUCUCUACUCAACGUCCACAAAGAAAACAGAAGCAUAAACAGACUGAAGAGGAGAUUAAGAAGACGGCCCACAGACGCACGAGGGAGGAGAAGAAAAACAAGCUGCCUGGAGCGCUGCUGCCGCCGCCGCCGCCGCUCCCUUGAGUCCUCUCUGAUCAGCUGAUCGAUCCAUCACUCCACAUCUGUGCUGACGAACCGGGGUCGCCAUGGGAUCCACGGGCGGGACCAAGGUCUUGCUCUUGCUGAUGCUGGUCGGAUGGGAGACGGCGACGUCUCUCAACUGGAACCCAGUGCCGCGCAAGACCGUUCGAUACCAGGAUGUGCUGGACAGCAUGGCGAGGUUCAGCGUGCAGGGAGUGUUUAACUACAGCAUGUUGACUCUGUCCGACCACGAGAGGGUCCUGUACGUCGGAGCGCGGGAGGCACUGUUCGCGCUGGACCCCAACGAUAUUAGCCGACAGCUACGGCCACAGAUCGACUGGCCAGCUCCACUGGAUAAGAAGAGAGAGUGCGUUGCCAAGGGAAAGAACAACCAGACCGAGUGCUUCAACUACAUCCGCUUCCUGCAGAGCUACAACCACACGCAUCUCUACACCUGUGGCACGUAUGCCUUCCAGCCAAAAUGCACCUAUGUGAAUGCAGACUAUUUCGCCCUCAACGCUGCAGCCCUGGAAGAUGGGAAGGGCAAAUGCCCAUAUGACCCUGCCAAGGGACACACUGGCCUGAUUGUGGAUAAGGAGCUGUACUCGGCAACACUUAACAACUUCCUGGGCACAGAACCAGUCAUUCUGAGGAAUUUGGGCCAGCAGCACUACAGCAUGAAGAGCGAAUAUUUACCCACCUGGCUCAAUGAGCCAGACUUCGUGGGUUCGGCCCUGGUGAGGGAGAGCAGCGGCAGCAAAGAGGGCGACGACGACAAGAUCUACUUCUUCUUCAGCGAGCGGGCGCUGGAGCUGGACUGUGACACGGAGGUCACCGUGGCCAGAGUGGCACGCGUGUGCAAGGGGGAUCUGGGCGGUACCAGGACCCUGCAGAAAAAGUGGACCACCUUCCAGAAGGCCCGGCUGGAGUGUUCCCUCCCAGAGCGCCACGUCUCCUUCAACAACCUGAGGGCCGUCUUCACGCUGCCGGGCCAGGACUGGCGGGGAACCACGUUCUACGGCAUCUUCCACGCCCAGUGGGGAGACGUGGACGUGUCGGCCGUGUGCCAGUACCAGGUCAGCGAUGUGAAGAAGGUGUUUGAGGGAUCCUACAAGGAGUACAGGGAGGCGUCUCAGAGGUGGGGACGCUACACCGGUGCUGUCCCUGUCCCUCGGCCUGGCUCGUGUAUAAGUAACUCAGACAGGGAGAACGGCUACAACAGCUCUCUGCAGCUGCCUGAUGGCACGCUCAACUUUGCCAAGAAGCACCCGCUGAUGGAGGACAAAGCUCUGGCUCGCCCCCUGCUGCUCGCCAAGGGCGUCAACUUCACCAGGCUGGCAGUGGAUCGGGUCAGUGCCCUGGACCUGCGGGCGUACAACAUGCUCUUCAUUGGCACAGCGGAGGGCUGGCUGCAGAGAGUGGUGAUCCUUGGCACCGAGGCCCACGUGAUAGAGGAGAUCCAGCUGUUUGAGUCAGGUCAGCCAGUGGACAGCCUGACCAUCUCCCACUCCAAGAAGUACGUGUACAUCGGCUCUCGUUCAGAGGUUCUCCAGCUGCCCUUGGCCAACUGCAGCCGCUAUCAGUCUCAGCCAGAUUGUCUUCUCGCCCGCGACCCCUACUGCGCCUGGGACAGUGAGGGUCGGGCUUGUGUCCGCAUCGACCUCCACCGCGGGUCCACAUCCUCCCUGUCACAAGACCUCAUGCUGGAAAGGUUCAGCCGAGGAAAAGCCAAGUUUGAUAAGCCCGUCUCCAUCCCCAGCCCUGAAAACUCCCGUCUGAGGAACAUAACUGUGGUGGUGGGAUCUGACAUUGCCGCCCUGGUGCUGCCCUGUCAGCUGAUCUCCAACCUGGCUCAGCCCUACUGGGUUGUAAACGACCGAGAACUACAGCUGGGAGACCCAGAGGCUGGAGGCCCGCGAUUUGACCGCAACCUCAAAGCCCUCGUCAUCCCUGAAGCGCGGCAGAUGCAAGCCGGAAGCUACAUCUGCUACUCUGAGGAGCAGGGGGUCAAGUUUCAGACGGAACGCUUCCAAGUGGCCGUGGUGGCCAGCGCCCCAAUCUUCAUGGAGGCCCGGGCUCCAGACAGCAGCAUGGGGCUGUUCUGGGUGCUGGUCAUCACCCUCGGAGCUGCGUGCUUGCUGCUCCUCGUGGCAGCUCUUUACCUGCGCAGAAGGCUGAAGCUGGCGUUAGGAAAGGGCGCGGACAUGAAGCCUCUCGAGAGCACACUGGUCUACCCCAUCACUCUGCCCAAGGAACCGCCCACCUUUGUGCCCAGCAAGAUGCCCAGUGACGAGGACCGCUUCUGGGAAACCGGCGCCAACUACUACUACUCAGACGGCUCGCUGAAGAUCGUUCCCGGUCAUGCCCUGGGACCCACCAGCGUCAGCAGCACGGCGUCACCCAGCGCCAUUCCCGGCCAGCCCAUCCACUCCCCUAGCCGUCUCAGCCUUACCAACAUACGGGGCUCCGGUAGCAACGGUUACAUCCGCCUCAACCUGAGCACAGCAGGGGAGGAGAGGGCUAGCGGUGCUGGUGCUGGGGGCGGCGGGCUCGGAGGCCUCGGCAUGGGUGGGAACGACUACUCAAGCCCCUUCAAGGAAGAGCUGAGGCGCACCCUUCAGCAGAGAAGUGUCCUGCCCGACGCCAACCCAGAGGAGUCAUCUGUCUAGGCCUGUCCUCCUCCGUCGCCAUUUCUAAGUUGGAAAAACAAAACAACCAACCUACCUCCCUCCCUGUGAGGAUGCCUGCUCUCUCUCUCUUUCAGUGACAAGCUGUUAAUCCCCUGUGCGCUCUCUCACUCUGCCAAUGCCUGUUUGGUUCACUGUAGACAUUUAUAGCACACAGCAUGUUAAUUAUACACAUUCAUACACCGUGUUCGCCAACAUGCACUCCUGUAAUUAUUGUGUUCCGGACGGCAUCGCCACUUGUGUAAAUUUUGUAUUUAAGAGGCCCGAAUGCGGAGAGGAGCCCCGCGAGUGUGGAAAUCAAGCAGACGGCGUUCCAUGACGGGCACGUUUCUUCUUCUUCGUUGUGUGGACCAAGCGAGGCUUUUUAUCGCCACAUGACGAACAGCAAAUGCAAGUGACUGGAAAUAUUGAACUGAGUCCCUGUCCUUCUGAAAGCUUACUGCACUUAAAAAGUGGAAGCACGUCUUCCGUUUUUGUAUUCGUGAGCCAUGAGUGUGAGAGCGGUAUAAAAAGACUAAUUAAUCUCCAAGCAAGACGACAAUCAUGUCCCUUCAGCAGGAGCUCUGCUUAGGACAGAGAGACGAGGGGAGAGAGAGAGCCAGAGACAAAGAGAGAGGAAAUUAAAUAGAAAACGAAGUGAAUCGGCAAGAAAGGCCUGAUGGGGGUUUUUUUCAAUGAAGGACAGUCUCUCAAGACUUUGUCAGCUCAAUUUGUGUUUUUUUUUCUUCCGCAUUGUAUUUACCCACGGAGAACGUCCUUCAAUCCUCUCCACUUUCAUUUGUUGUGCUGGUUGCUUUGAAUUAAGACAUUUCUUGUUGUUCUUUACUUGUUGCUUUUCUAUGUUGUACGGACUACAGCAGUGUUCAAAUGAUUGUCAUGUGACUGAUGCCCCGCCCCCCUCCGUGAGUGACUCUGUGAGGACAAGCGCCUUCGUUCCUUGUUCAGCUCUGCACGGUGACCCUCGAAUGCACGUUCAAGUUCCGCGUACCACAAGUUUGCGCCACAUGACAUUUGCACAUUGUAAAAGAGAUCUGUGUUUCGGACGUUUGUUCAACUCCUCAGAAAAAGAAGAGGCUGUUUGCGUUCAGCUCGGAAACAGCGGAGAAUAAUUGCACACCUAAUUCCAAAUUGAAGUUGACGUGAAGACAUUUUGGCAUGGAGAAUGUAGUUGAACCUUCACUGUUGUGACCGCUGUGGAUGUCUCAUUAAGUGCUUUAUAUUGGUGUUUGGUGAGGGUGGUGACAAGAAGGAAACUAACCCUCCCACUCACCUACACACACACACACACACACACCCCGGACUGCAGUGUGUUUGUGAUGCACCCUUAAACCCCCAUGGAACCCCCUCCCUCUUACCGAUGCCCAGAGACUGACCCAGGGCCACUGUGGACUCCUGCAGAGGAAGAACACUGUAAAACACAUCCACAGAGAACGAACACACACACAGUUUAAAGAGAAGAACGGACAGACAGACAGGCAGACAGACAGACUAAUGCUGCUGAGCUGAAGAACAGCUGGCUGGAGACAGGAAGCAGCCAUGAACCAGUGACAGGGGUGACUGUGGUGGGGUUUUUUGGGACCAGAGGAGAAGGACAAAAAGACUGUGUUUGUGUCGUUCCACUGUGUGCAGAUCGCUGACGAAGAUGUAGAAUAUCAAAAGUCAUCCCCUUGUUGAAGAGGUACUCGGCGUUCAGCGCUCCAUCCCAGUGUUGCAUGAUCCUCUGCAAGUGGACUGUGCAUCUUUGAUAUGAUCAUCCUUGUACAAGUGCAUCGUUUUAAUCGAUGCACUUUUUUUUUCUUUUUUUUUUGGGGACUUUUACAGACACUAACAUUGUGGAACAUGUCGUGUUCUCGUUGAAAAAAAAAAACAACUAAAUAUGUCUGAUUUCAAUUGUUCAAGGAUUGUACAGGAACUCAUGGCAACAUUUCCACACGUUUACGUUUCUCUGUGCCUCGCCACCUUUUAAAUAAGCCAAAGUAGACUGCAGUUGCUUUUGUUCUUCUGUCGUUAGGAUCCUUCAAUUAACUUUAUUUGAUUCCAGAUCGAUAUUUAAGUCGCAGCGGUCCGUCCACUUUGCUACACUGAGCUGAUGUCUGCAACGUUUCUGCAGCAAAUUUUCCCUCAAGCAAAACACAAAAGGCUUGAUGCCAAUGGACGUCCUGUUUACCUCCUGUUUACAGUACGUAAGUAGUGGUCUGCUGAAUUCAAUGUACCAAAACCUUUCCCAUUAUUUAAUUUGUCUGCUCCUGUAAAAACCAAAUAAGUAGCUGCUGAUCAGUAAUUAAAUAAGGCCACAUAAUAGUAUUCAUUUACCAGAGGCAGAAAAAAAACCAACACAUUAGCUCUUUACACUGGUAGUUAUGUCGUAAUGUAUUCCAUUUUUUACGAUUAGGCUUUUACCUUAAUUUAUCUUGUUGUAAAAAAAAAAAAGAAGAUAAAAACAGGCAUCAAGCUGGGGAAAAUGCAUGUGUAAUGCACGUUAUGUGCAUCUCCUCAGUUCUUCCUAAAUUCUUGUUUGCUCGAAUUAUUUAUCUCACACAAGGCUUUAAGUUCUGCUGUGUUCGCUCACGUUCAUAUUUGUAUUAUUUUAUUAUCAUCAUUUCAUUUUUGCCCCAUCUUUGCUGGUCUGUUACUGUUUGUUUUUAAAGUAUGUUAAGUAACUUAUUUCACUUGUACAAACAUGUUGAUAUUUAUUAUCAUUGUACAUAUGUCCUUAUUUUUUAUAUGUGUAUAUAUACACAAAUAAAAAUAGAGAUA